AAGCGCUUAAAAUUGCAAACAAAAAGUCGUUCUUUUUGGAUGCGUGAGCAGUGUGAGUAGUACGAAUGUUUAAAAAUUGACGAAAAAGAAAUUGUCAUUUUAUGCUCAUUAAUUACAAUAUUUUUUGAAAUAUUGUUUGAAGAUGAAGAUUCUCCAAGCAAUACAGAAUUAUUAGAAAAUAUUUUUAUAAUUCUUAAUAAACAUCGCAUUAAAAAUCCUAUAUUACGAUUAAAGGGUUAAGUAGAAAAUAUUUUACCAUCAUAUACUGAUAUACAGUUUAAAUCACAUUUCAGAUAUAAGAGUGGACGCAAAACAUUAUCACCAGAAAAACAAUUUCUUAUUGCUAUAUGGAAAAUGGCUACACCAGAUUCAUAUCGAUCUAUUUAUGAGAAAUUUAAUGUCGGAAGAGCUAGUGCAUUAAGAGCUGUGAGGAGAGUAUCAAGAGCAAUUGCCAAAUUAUCUUCUGUAUAUAUUAAAUGGCCAGAAGGCAAUAAAGCAGAAGAAAUUAUCAGAGGCUUCACUGUAGCUAGUGCUUUUCCUGGGAUAAUUGGAUCAAUUGAUGGCACGCACAUUAAUAUAAGAGCGCCACAUACCUAUCCCGAAUCUUAUAUUAAUAGAAAAGGGCAUCAUAGUAUACAAUUACAAACCAUUUGUGACCAUGAACGACGGUUUAUCCACUGUCUUGCUGGACACGUUGGUUCUGUCCAUGAUCAACGUGUAUUUCGUUUAUCUGAAGUUUAUAAUUAUUUAGAAGAUGUAGAAAAAUUUCCCAACAACAGCCAUUUAGUAGGCGAUUCAGCUUACUCUCUUCACGAACACUUAAUGACACCAUAUCGGGAUAAUGGGCAUCUAACAAACAAACAAAAGAACUACAACUUUUGUCAUUCAUCUGCUCGAAUUGUUAUUGAACGUGCUUUUGGUUUACUAAAAGGAAGAUUUAGAAGCUUACUAACAGUACUCGAUAUGGAACGUGUGGACUUGAUUCCUGAAUUUAUUAUUGCAUGUUGUGUUUUUGCAUAAUAUCUGUUUAUUGCAUCAUGACGAUUUUCCUAUAGAAACAGACUUAAUAGAAAACGAUGACAUAUUAAUAAGAAACCUACAAAGA